UUUCGUACCGGGAGGCGGACAGAGCUCGCAAGCUACCGGGGUUCCCAGAUAACGGGACUAUCGUAACGGACACACACGCACACACAGACGGAUGGUGGUGGGACAGAGCCAAAGAGCUGAAUUCCGCUUAACGGGUACCGUGUUGUUUUCUUUUCGUUCAGUUUUCACAUUUCGCGCACAAAGCAGUGUUGCUCCUUAAUUUCUUUAUCGAUUGAUUGCGUUUUAAUUACCGGCUAGUGAGUGGAAGCGAAGGGGGAGCGUAUCGAGCCGCUGCGUAGCCUUAUACGUGCGUGUUAUUUAAAUAUACUAAGCGAUUCUGUUAUAUUUGAUACAAAAAUUAAAAAUGCUGCUUGAAAUGCAUGCAAUGUGCGCGAGAUAAACCACACAGUAGGAGAGCUAGAAACCAAAUAGUGAAACCAAAUAUUCCUGUUUAAACCGUUUUAAAGCCAGCAGCCGCGACUUGAUUGUAAUGAACCAAAUAGUUUUUGUACUGAAGUGAACACGAUUCGAGAUUUGUUUAAAAAGCGAAACCAAAGUGGAACCGGAUCGCGACGCGCGCAAGGCCAUUGUGACGUUUACCGGCCGCACACCUGGUCUAGCGCGGGAUACGCAAAAACCCAGGAAACGUUAUGACAGUUAGGACGACAAGUGACUUUUGAAUUUCAAAAAGUCACCGUUUCAACCAACGGUUCCGACAUUUGAAAGCGGAGGUCUAACGGUCUGUUAGUCUAAUUUGAAUGUUAGUUUAACGGAUUUUUCAGCCCAGCAGUUGUUAGAAAGACAAAACAAACGUUUAAAAAACUUAAAUAUCAAUUUAGACCGUUUGAUACAUCCCGACUAUCCGUCUGUGUGUCAAGUCCGAGAUAGAGUAUCCCUUAGGAAAAAAAAGUAAUGACUGAGAGGCACAAUACCAAAUAUGUAAAGAUAGCUUGAGAAAUUUACUUAGGUUACACGUUUUAAACCAAAUACUAACUUUAACCAAAAAAAAAAAAAGAAACAACCUCAAACACCGUCUACUUGACAAAAGCAACCAAAGAAAAAGAAACUCAAGACAAGCGCCAAAUACAAGAGACCAUAGAAGAAAAGCCCAGACGACAACGGAUCAUGUUUGUUCCCUUGCCGGUGCCGUUGGUGUUUCAGAGAACCGCUCCUGAUUUCAGCGCCUGGCGACUCAAGUCUCCGCUGCCUCUGCGCUCCGGUAACUCCGAUAUCAGGAUGUCUAAAGCCGUUGAGGAUGACAAGAUGGGGACUGAGCUUCCAGUGGACAGUACAGACUCUGAAAGGAACAGUCCAGAGGCCAGCGAUCAGACCCAGCCAAUGAAAACAAGUCCUUUCUGCCUGUCUCCUGCACCCAGCAACACAAAGUGUGUGUCCGAGGAGGCCGUUGAGAUGACCAGUGUUCACGCUCCUCCACCUCCUCCAGCUCAGCCGGCUCUGCCACACACGCAACUCAUGCUGGCAGGCAGUCAGCUCGCAGGGCUGGCCGCUCUCCUCCCUGCACAGCAGCAGCUGUUGUUGCAGCAGGCUCAAGCGCAGCUGUUAGCCGCAGCCGUGCAGCAGUCGAACGCCGCGCAUGCCGCCCACGCCGCCGCCGCAGCCAAUCAGCAGCAGCAGACGCAGCAGCAGCAGGCCAAUCAGGCAGCAGCACAAGCCCAGUCUCAAGCCAAACCUGAGCAAGCUCCGCCUCCACUUCUGUCACAGCCUAUCCAGCUCACUGCCCAGGACAUUCAGCAGUUGUUGCAGUUACAGCAGCUGGUCCUGAUGCCUGGUCAUCCUCUACAGUCUCCUGCUCAGUUCCUGCUGCCUCAAGCCCAGGCUCAGCAGGGUCAGCAAGGUUUGCUUUCGACACCAAAUUUGAUUCCGCUACCUCAGCAAAGCCCAGGGAGUCUCCUGACCACCCCACCAAGACUGGGCCUUCAAGCACAGCAUCAUCUUGACGACAGGCUGUGGUCAUUGCAGAGGGAGAAGAGCGUGGAGAGCGUUGUGAGCUCCGCCCCCUCCUCAGCCCCGCCCAUGAGCUCCGUUCCCACGGUGACGGCUCAUGCCGAGGAGCCCAGCGAUCUGGAGGAGCUCGAACAGUUCGCCAGAACCUUCAAACAGAGGAGAAUUAAACUGGGCUUCACACAGGGGGACGUGGGUAUGGCCAUGGGCAAACUGUACGGCAAUGACUUCAGUCAGACCACCAUCUCACGUUUCGAGGCUCUCAACCUCAGCUUCAAGAACAUGUGCAAACUCAAACCCUUGCUGGAGAAAUGGCUGAGCGAUGCAGAAACUAUGGCGAUAGACAACAUGCUGCCGAGCCCCAGUUCGCUGUCCUCUCCUCUGCUGGGCUUCGAAGGCUUGCCUGGACGCCGCCGAAAGAAACGCACCAGCAUCGAGACCAACGUCCGCAUAGCCCUGGAGCGCAACUUCAUUUCGAACCAGAAGCCUACCUCUGAAGAAAUCCUGCUGAUGGCCGAGCAGCUCAACAUGGAGAAAGAGGUCAUCCGAGUCUGGUUCUGCAACCGACGGCAGAAAGAGAAGCGUAUAAACCCCACCAGCGCCACCCCUCCUCUGCCCAGCCAGCCUCCAGCGCCGACGCACAAACCGCCCUGCUACAGCCCGCACAUGAUGUCCAGUCAGGGACUGGCUCAGGUGGCUACCAGUCUCAGCACAACAGCCGUCAGUCCCACACCUUCUGUGGCCUGCCCUCUCAACCCCAGUGGACAUGCAGCACUGAGCUCCGCCCCUUCCUCUGUGACUCCGCCUCCUCUCAGCACAGUCAGCCCCACUCCGCCCAGUCUCAGCAGCCCUGGCCUGAACACAGGGAACACAAUGAUGGGCGUAAGCACAGGAAUGAACCAGGCCCUCAUCAGCAGCAACCCUCUGGCCACAAUGCAAGCCCUGGCUGCCAGUGGUGGACAGAUGCCCAUUUCCGCUCUUGAGGGCAGCGGUCAAAUGUUCCUGGGUGGAGCUGGAGGUCCAGGAGCUGGACUUCGCCCGUCCCUCUUCCUAAACCGCCCCACUUUACUGCCCCUGGCGAGGAGCGCAGGCAUGGGUCUGGUCGGCACCCCCAGGGCUUCUCCGCCUCCUGGCGCCAGCGGCACAAGCCCAGACUCCUGCUCCGUCUCCCCCUGCUCAAGCCCCGCCUCCUUCUGCUCAUUAGGCGACGCCUCGCCGCCCCCUCUGGGCGGAGCCAUGGCCGAGUGACGCCCACACCAACCUGCUGCACUCGAGGGGAGUCAGAGGGGCGGAAGAAAGAAGACAGACAAGACUCGCCUUUUCAACCAAAGCCAUCUCUCACUCCCUCCAUUUCUCUCUCGUGCUCUCUCUCUCUCUCUCGUUACGUCUUUUAAUGCCAAAAAUACAGAGAAAUGAGCAGGGGUAAUGAGAGAACAGGAUAACGGGGGACUGUUUAAACCAAAAAAUUGACCUAUACAGCGUGGAGAGGUGGCUACUUCAACGGAGCUACUUUGAGAAUGUACAUUUAUUCCUUUCCGAAUGGAAAAAGACAAACCUACACGAACAGAUGAAUUCGAGGGCAGGGUCGAGAGCCAAAAAAACUUUGCGAAGGAAAACGGGUGGCAACGAACGGAACAAAGGAAGGACAUUUGACAAGUGUCACUGGAUGGUAGAAAGAGAAACCAAAAAAUAAAAACACACGGAGGAAGAAUGGAAAGACUCACAAAGACAAAAAAUGCCAAAACCAAAAUACCAAAAACCAAAAAAUCGGAGAGAAAAGCUUUACCUAAGACUUUAAAACCUGACUUGUCCAGGAUCAGAUUAACUCUACAAUACCAAAUACCAUUUUUUCCCAUGCACCCCUUAUAAUUUCAACUUUUUGUAAAUGUAUUUCUCAAUCUACCUCUCGUAACCAAGUAUUUAGAUUUUCUCAUUCUUCUUCAUUCCAUUUUCACAUUUCCAGCAAAAAAGAAUUCAGAGGGAUUUUUUUCUCCACUUUCUCAUGCUUACUGUGACACACAUUUCUGACAAACUCCCUUUCCAUCACUGAUCAUCCACGCCUCAAACUUCGACUCACUUUUCUUGGAUACCAAAGCGUUUGUCUGGCCUUUUGCGUCAGCUAAGACCUCAGACAUGUCAAAAAAACCCAACACGCAUAAGGAGAAAUUAAAAACAAAAAUCCCCCCAAGCCCCCAAAACCCCUGCCCUCCAUCCUCUCCGGACCCCUCUCCUGUGCCUCGGACAAAAAAAAGAAAAAAGAAAAAGGUGGGCCGAAUGAAGAAAAGCAAGAGGAGCAGCGACUGAAGAGGAUCCGAGGAAACUCGCAGGGGGAAAAUCCAACAGGGGGAGACAUGUGAUGUCGCCGUUGUCGCUAUUUUUUUGUUUUUAUUUUUCCAACACACGGAUUAAACCAAAAAUGAAACCAAACCAAAACCAAGUUUUGACUAAAACUGAACUUUACUCAAAGGAAUGAAACCAAAUACCAGGAGUGGACCACAGGAGGUGCACGAGGAGGAUGUUUUUAGAGUAGCAAGACUCAGAAGAUCAUUCCUUCACCUCCUCCCUCCUUCUUUUUUCCGUUAAGUCGAUGCUUUCGCUCUCCUUCCUGGACGGGAGAAUAUUUAUUAACCUCAUCGAACUGAACUUCAGAAUAUAUAUAUAUACAUAUAUAUUUUGUUUUAUUGCUUUUUUCCUCUUGGUCUGUCUGUUUAUGCUGUAUGACUCGUCUCAUUGCUUUAUAUUUUUGGGAUAAUGGGGUGACGUAUUGCCUAUUUUCAUAUUUCGUGCGUUUCGUCAUUUUGAAUUGAUCGUGCCAGGAGGGUUUUGAAACAAUACUGUGAACAUGUAGCUUCCAAGUUCUGCGAAUGUUGCGAAACAAUAAGCCAAAACUGAAGACGUACCAAAAGCGAAAACUUUUCUUUUUUUUCGACACCAAAUAGCAACCAAACCAAUGCACAGCGCGUGGAGAAAGACCGUAUUGGUGCUGAGACGUGUGUGAAUGUGGAAGCUCAUCUCCAGCAUGGAAACCAAACCGAAACAUGACCGUAACCUUCGCUCGGCGUGUCGGCGAAACGGUUUUUGACUAUGCGAUCUUAGACGCAUACGAAAACGCGGACAAACGAGAAAUGUAGAGGUGGGUGGGACCGGGUGGGACGGGGUUUAAAAGCGACUGGAAAUCCAGUUGACGUUACACUUCUAGAGGGAAUGUACCUGUUAGUGCUUUGAUAGAUUUUGUAGGAAAAAAAAAAUCUAUGUUCAACUGCUUACUAUUGCUAAUGUAAAAAAAAAAAAGGCUGUGAUAAAAUAGUCCUUAUGAAAUGUUGAUGAUGAUGAUGAUGACUUGAUUUUAGACCAAAAGCUUUAAACUGUCUCUCUUUGAUUUUUUUUUUUUUCCCUCGAAAAUUUGUAUUUAUUGUGUGAGGGGAGGGUGUUUCGACGAUUUAUAUGUUUCCAACUCUUCAUCUUAUUUAUUGGCUUAUUUAUGUAUUUAUAGCAUUUUAAUUUAUCGAUUCGGUCUUUUUUUAAUCUUCGUAAAACCAAAACCUGUGGGGUAUCUUCAAAGUGAUGACAAACUUGCGUUUUUAAAACCAAAAACUGACUGUUUUUGUGGGCACCUUUUCAGAAAAUCUGUCCACUGCUUUCGAGAGAAGUUUCCAAACUGUAUCUCUCACACUUAGUCGACGUAAUGUAUAGUUAUGCGCUCAUUUUAAGUAUAACUCUCGUUCCAACUGUUUGUUUUCAUUUAGAUUUUGCUCGUUUUGUUUUUCUUUUUUUUUUAGAUGCGUUGGAUGAGGGAAAAAGAGUGAGAGAGAUACGCUUCUGCAUAUACCUCAUGUUUGAUUAGAAAUGCCAAAUAGAUGGGAAAAAAGCUUUAAGAAUUUGACAAAGGGGAGCAGAGGAGAUGUUGCUCAGGAGAGGGUCUUUUUAGCGUCUUUUUCGCGUGAGUAUAAGGGUUCACAGAUUUCCCCAGAUUAUCUAUCCUACGUCCGGUUCACAUAUCCGGCCCACGAUCGGUUUUGAAGAACAGUUGAUGGCAGAUUUAGUUUUCGCAUCGGUUUUCUAUGUGCUCAUGUGAUUCUUGGUUUUUGUAUAUAUCUCUGUGUGUUGGUGUGUGCGGACGGCUCUGCUGUAGAGGGCCCCGAAUGAUACCAAAGUUAAACCUCUACCGCGGGACCUCUCACAUGCUGGACGCACUCAAAUGCAUGGACGUUCUUGUAGACAUGCACACGCAAAAUUGUUCUUCGACCAUUUGCAGCAGGAAUGUCCACGACUGCAUCGUUGUCAUUGUGCAGUACGUUCUGUUGUUUUGCAUUGCCAAAUAGACACAUUUAAACAGAAUUGUCGGAAUUUUCUAUCUUAGCUACAUUCAAAUUAGAAUCUAGAACAGUUUCAGUUAUUUUUAAGUAAUAUCCAAUGCCACAUUUCCCAUUUGUUUCCCUACAGCUUCAAUCCAAAGGUUACUGAUUAGGUCAACAAAGGAAGAUUUCCAUGCUAAAAAACCUCAAGAGUUGAAACCAAAGAGUUCUGCCGUAACAUGUUGUCAGGAAACAUGCAGAUGCUUUUCCUUUCGUUCACAGAACACAUACCCGCUUCUCUUUUUGACAUUAGAUGUUGAUGACGAUGCUAACUCCAUGAUGACGAUGGUCACUUUCGACUCUGUAUUUUUGCGAAGAUCCUUUUUCCUCUCUGUCGGUGUGUGUCUCGCUCUUACCUCAGAAGCUCUUCAUGGAAUUUGUAAUCCGCUCUGGAUUUGAAUCUGGAUUUUGUUUCAGAACUGUUGAACUGUCUGUUACUCAUCGCUCUCUGUGUGCCUGUUGUAUGG